AUGGGCCUCAUCACGCGCAUUGCAACCGCCCUUGUUGCAUACUCCUCGCUCUGGGUCCAACCAUGCUUGGCCCAGGAUUCGACUAUUGUCAGCAAGUACAAAGAUGAUUCGACCAAUAUCACCUUUGGUAUGUAUGGCAUCGAUGCCAUUGUCGAUGCCAGCACCGGAGAGGUAGCCCAAGGGUUUUACAACUUUGGCAUUGUCUUGCCUGACAAUGCUCUGAAAAAGGAUGCCAAUGAAUACAUUGGAAUUUUGAGGUGUCAAAGCACAAACACAUCGCUCACCGGCUGGUGUGGCAUCUCACAUGGCGACAAGGGCCAGAUGACAAACUCCCUGCUGCUGGUGGCGUGGCCUUGGAACGGCCAAGUCAUGACGACGUUCCGCUACGCAACGAAAUGGACGAUGCCCACGGAGUACACCGGCGAUGCGAAGCUGACGCAGAUCUCAUCGUUUGUCAAUGAGACCAUGUUCGAGGUCAUCUACCGGUGCCAGAACUGUUUCUCCUGGAAAACAACCGAAGCCACAACGCAGACUGUUAACACCACCUCUGGAACGCUUCUGUUCGGACGAGCACUGGCCGUGAGGGGCCCGGAUGCGGCGAGCUGCCCGAGCAAGAUGACGUUUGGAUUCCACGACUCGGGGUACAGCCAGUACGGCGUUGAUCUGACCAACGCCAUUCACCCCUCGUACGCCUCAUGGGCUGCAAUGGCUACCCAUGUCGUUUCCACCGACUGUGUCAACAUCCCUGCUGCCACACCCACCCCGGAGCCAACAUCAUCUGGCACAGCAUCGGCAUCUGUUUCUGAGUCUGCCUCGGCCUCGUCGUCUGCUUCUGUUCCGGCUGCGACAACCGCAGUGCCGGCACCAACGCCGAUCCCAAUCGUGCCAUGUAAACCAGCUCCGAACAAGACGUACGACUACAUUAUCGUCGGUGCUGGCGCUGCUGGUAUUCCCCUGGCCGACCGCCUGUCGCAGGUUGGUAAAUCCGUACUGCUGAUCGAGAAAGGUCCGCCGUCGUCUGGUCGCUGGGGAGGCGUCAUGCGCCCUGACUGGCUGAACAACACCAACCUGACGCGCUUUGACGUGCCCGGCUUGUGCAACCAAAUUUGGGUCGACUCGGUUGGUGUUGCGUGCACAGAUACGGAGCAGAUGGAGGGCUGUGUGCUUGGAGGUGGUACGGCGGUCAACGCCGGCUUGUGGUGGCGUGCAAAUCCUCUUGACUGGGACUACAACUUCCCCGAUGGCUGGCGCAGCAAGGACAUGGCAGGCGCUACGAGCCGUGUCUUCCAACGGAUACCAGGCACGAUUGCCCCGUCGAUGGACGGUAAGCUCUAUAUGCACCAAGGCUUCGAUGUUAUUGCGUCGGGCCUAAAUGCGUCGGGCUGGAACUACGUCAUCCCCAACGACCAUCCGGACCAGAAGAACCGCACAUACGGUCACACCACGUAUAUGUUUUCCGGCGGAGAGCGCAGUGGCCCGAUGGGUACGUAUCUUGUCAGUGCUUCGCAGCGUGCCAACUUCAACCUGUGGAUGAACACACCUGUGCGCCGCCUUAUUCGCGACGGCGGCCACAUUACUGGCGUGGAGCUCGAAUGCACGUCCGACGGAUACUCUGGCAAUGUCUACGUGACGCCCAACACGGGCCGUGUCAUCUCCUCGGCAGGUACCUUUGCAUCUGCUAAGCUGCUUCUGCGCAGCGGUAUUGGCCCGUCUGACCAGCUCUCUGUCGUCAAAAAUUCGCCUGACGGCCCGACCAUGAUCAACGCAACCUCCUGGAUCGAUCUUCCGGUUGGCUACAACUUGAACGACCACGUUAACACUGACACGGAGAUCUCGCACCCUGAUGUGGUCUUCUACGAUUUUUACGAAGCCUGGACCAAGCCCAUCGUGUCAGAUGAAGACAGCUACCUCAAGAACCGCACGGGCAUUCUUGCGCAGUCAGCACCCAAUAUUGGUCCCAUGUUCUGGGAGGCCAUCAAGGGCGACGACGGCAUUGUCCGCCAGCUGCAGUGGACGUCCCGUGUGGAGGGAUCCACUAACACAUCCAUGAUCAUGAGCCAGUACCUUGGUCGUGGCUCAGUGUCCCGUGGCCGCAUGGUCAUCACUCGUCGCCUGACCACGUUUGUUUCAGUCCCGCCGUAUCUGCACGACGAUCUGGACAAGGACGUCGUCAUCAAGGGCAUCCAGAACCUGCAGGCUGCGCUUAAGAAUGUGCCCAACAUCACUUGGAUCACACCGGCGCCGAACCAGACCGUUGCGGAAUACGUCAACUCGCUCCCCAACACGCCGGCCAAGCGUCGCGCAAACCACUGGAUCGGAACAAACAAAAUGGGUCUUGAUGACGGCCGUCUUGGCGGCACAGCUGUUGUUGACCUCGACACCAAGGUGUACGGCACGGACAACCUGUUUAUUGUCGAUGCUUCCAUUUUCCCUGGCCACGUUACCGGAAACCCGUCGGCGGCGAUCGUGACUGUGGCGGAGCGUGCCUUUGAGCGCCUUAGCUCGCUGCAUGCGCCGGUCCUGGGUACGGAGGGCGCCCAGUGCGGUGGCAAUACCUGGUCAGGAAGUUUCCAGUGCGAAGCCGGUCUCCAGUGCAGCUACGUCAACUCGACGCUGUCUCGCUGCGAUAAAACUGCAGCCAAGACACUUCGCCGUCUGCGCGUGUAA